AUGAGCAGCAUGCUGCCCCGAAUCCCAAGUGUACAGCAAUCCAACUUCCCGACCCCGACUCCGAGCUACUGCCUGGCUGGUCGUCGUCGUUGGGCGCGGCUUAUGUCAGAAAGCGCAAGCGCCUCGAUCCCCUUCUCGUGGCCUUCAAUACCGAAUCCUAUUCCUCGCAGGUAUCGCCGCCGGUUACGUUCGAAGUUCCGGUCAGCCCAAUCCCCAGCGUCGUCCUUCGCCUCCCUCCAAACCUCCUUCAACCCUGCGGAUACGAUACGAGCGCUGCGGUCACAUCGAUGGUCGUAUUAUGACGGGCACUACUUAGUGCUGAUGAUAGUAGCCAUAUUCUCGCUCUCCGUCAGUCAGGCUCCUGGGCCGUUGCUCAAGACAGGCGCUGCGUCGCUACUUAUGCUCGCCUUGUUGGUGCCAAUAACAAGACAAUUCUUCCUGCCAGUACUGCCGAUAUUUACCUGGCUACUUUUCUUCUUCAAUGCUCGUUUUAUCCCGGCUGAGUACCGACCACACAUCUGGGUGAAAGUAUUACCUGCACUCGAGAACAUAUUUUACGGGGCCAACUUGAGCAACAUCCUUUCCGCACAUCAGUAUGUUACUCUCGACGUGCUCGCAUGUAUACCCUACGGACUUUUGCACUAUGGGGGACCAUUUUUCUGGGCAGGCCUGAUGUUUUUGUUUGGGCCACCUAAAAUAGUGCCGGUGUUUGCUCAGACAUUCGGAUACCUGAAUAUUCUUGGUGUCGCGAUCCAACUGAUCUUCCCGUGCUCACCACCAUGGUACGAAAACCUCUACGGGCUUGCACCAGCAAAUUAUUCAAUACCGGGAUCACCGGCCGGAUUGGCCCGUGUAGACCAAUUAUUGGGCUUUGAUAUGUAUACCACGAAGUUCACUGCAUCGCCGCUUGUGUUUGGUGCAUUCCCAUCAUUGCAUUCUGGAAAUGCAGUGUUGGAGGCACUGUUCAUGAGCCAUUGCUUCCCGAAAUUACGGCCUCUCGUCUUUACAUAUGCGAUGUGGAUGUGGUGGGCGACAAUGUACCUAUCUCACCAUUACGCGGUUGAUUUGGUCGGGGGGGCAUUCCUUGCGGCAAUUGCUUUCUACAUUGCAAAAAACAACUUCUUGCCGAGAAUGCAAAUGGACAAGGCAUCGCGCUGGGAAUACGACUAUGUUGAGAUUGGAGAUACACCCAGCAAAGGCUACGAAUAUAAGCUCUCAGUCCUUGGAAACGACGAUUUCCGCCACGACAGCAGCGACGAGUGGACCAUUGGUUCCUCUUCAUCAAUCUCCUCGGGUUCAAGAAGUCCAGUUGACGAGAGCCAAUCUUGGGAGGGGGAGACACUCGCAAGCCAGAAUUCAGAUGCCGAACUCAGCGAAAUCGUUGUACGAUGA